AUGGUGGUACCACGUGCGAGCGCAUCAUCGAGCGCAUUGCCAGCGCUGCGGGGCCGCUGCACCCGCAGAAGUCCCAGGAGACUGCCGCCUUCAAGUUGUGGAU